AUGCAUGAACCAAUCACCACUCUAUUCUUUUCUCAAUCAACUGAGGUUGAGAGAAUGAUUCAUGAAGAAGAAUCUAAUGAUGAUGAGAUCAUGGUAUCCUUUGUUGAUCUUGAAUUCGAUCUUGAGGAGGAAAAUGUUCCUGAUAACUUGACUAUGUCAGCAGUUCAUUCAAAAAGUUUUGACUACGAGAUUCAGAAGCUUCGUGGUGUGGCAAAAGAACGUCAUGAUAUAUUUUUUGAACAAGUGAAGAAAGUAAAGGAAUCUGUGGAUCUCAAAGUUGUUAACCUCAAAUCGGAGAUGUCAAAAGAGGUUCAGAAGAUGGAGCAAAAUUACACUUUCUUGCAUAGAAAAGUCGAUGUCAUUACGACAACUAUCACAAAGUUGGUUGCUUUAAACACUGAGCAUUCGAACAAGCUUGAAGCGAAGUCAAAAAAAAGAUUCUCAAGUGUCUGA